AUGAGUUUAAGAAGUAAUUAUUCGUCGCCUAUCUUCGGUACUGGUUGUGAAUUACCAAAAAAUGUGCUGCCAACCUACAGUGAUGUGAUGAAAUAUUAUGUCUUUGUAUCAGUGGCACGAUGUGCGGAAAAGGGACGACAAGAUUUAUUACAGGCCUCUUGUGAUAUUGUUGCGACCGAAAUCGAAAACAUCUGGAAACGAGACUCUUUACCAAUAGUACAACAUAAAACAAUAGUGUCAAAAAUAAGAUCCUAUCAUGACAAACAUCGCGCCCUUCUGAAAUCCAACCAAAAGAGUAAAGACAACAAAAAUUAUAAACAGAAACUACAGAAGUUUAAAGAGGACUGUGAAGUUUUUUUUGAUAUUGCAUCUUGUAAGUGCAAGUCGUUGUCGACAUGUUCUUGUGACAAAACUCGUAAAAUUCCUAAACAAGAACACGAGUUUUUGCUCGAUCAACGUGGCGAAAGAAGAAUGAUGAUUGGAUCUCUAAAUAAAAAAGCUACACUUAAGAAUAUGGCUUUGUCUGAUCGGAAGUUAAAAAGAAAACAAUUUAAAGAGAACUCUAUGUCAUUACAAAUUCAUGAACCUGAGCAGAAAAGAAACAAAACAAAAACUUCGUCUGUUAUUAAUGUCACCUCGAUUGUGCCCGCAAUUAAUAUCCCCGGACCUAGUAAAUUCCCAGUGGUAGCUAUGACAUUAGAUAGAUACGGCAUUUCAGACCGUGCUGGUGCUGCCAUCGUGUCGACUACGUUGCAAGAUAUCGGUCUGGUUACUGAGAGUGACACGUCAAGUGUUAUCGACCGUAGCAAAAUUCUGCGCGCUCGCGCACAAACGAGAAAUUCAGGGGCUGCAGUUAACGUGCUAGAUGGCGAUAAUUCAUUGGUUUGUAUAUCGUUUGAUGGCCGCAAAGAUAAAACAAUAUUGUAUGAAGAUAAUCGCAGAAAACCCGUUGUUGAAGAGCACAUAACCUUGGUAAAAUAG